AUGGCUGCUCCUGUCCCCUGGGCCUGCUGUGCUGUGCUUGCUGCUGCUGCCGCCGUUGUCUACACCCAGAGACACAGUCCACAAGAGGCACCCCACGUGCAGUACGAGCGCCUGGGCUCAGACGUGACACUGCCUUGUGGAACAGCAAACUGGGAUGCAGCUGUGACAUGGCGGGUGAAUGGGACGGACCUGGCCCCUGACCUGCUCAACGGCUCUCAGCUCGUGCUCCGUGGCCUGGAACUGGGCCAUAGUGGCCUCUACGCCUGCUUCCACCGUGACUCCUGGCACCUGCGCCACCAAGUCCUGCUACACGUGGGCUUGCCGCCGAGGGAGCCUGUGCUCAGUUGCCGCUCCAACACUUACCCCAAGGGCUUCUACUGCAGCUGGCAUCUGCCCACCCCCACCUACAUCCCCAACACCUUCAAUGUGACUGUGCUGCACGGCUCCAAAAUUAUGGUCUGUGAGAAGGACCCGGCCCUCAAGAACCGCUGCCACAUCCGCUACAUGCACCUGUUCUCCACCAUCAAGUACAAGGUCUCUAUAAGUGUCAGCAAUGCCCUGGGCCACAAUGCCACAGCUAUCACCUUCGACGAGUUCACCAUUGUGAAACCUGACCCUCCAGAAAAUGUGGUGGCCCGGCCAGUGCCCAGCAACCCUCGUCGGCUGGAGGUGACGUGGCAGACCCCCUCGACAUGGCCUGACCCUGAAUCCUUUCCUCUCAAGUUCUUUCUGCGCUACCGACCCCUCAUCCUGGACCAGUGGCAACAUGUGGAGCUGUCAGAUGGCACAGCGCACACCAUCACAGAUGCCUAUGCCGGGAAGGAGUACAUCAUCCAGGUGGCAGCCAAGGACAAUGAGAUUGGGACGUGGAGCGAUUGGAGUGUGGCUGCCCAUGCCACACCCUGGACUGAGGAACCACGGCACCUCACCACCGAGGCCCAGGCCCCCGAGACCACGACCAGCACCGCCAGCUCAUUGGCACCCCCGCCCACCACGAAGAUCUGUGACCCUGGGGAGCUGGGCAGCGGAGAAGGACCCUCAGCACCCUUCUUGAUCAGUGUCCCUGUCACCCUGGCCCUGGCUGCCGCUGCCACCACUGCUAGCAGUCUCCUGAUCUGAGCCCGGCAUACUGAGGACAUGCCAGAGCACCUGCAGAGGAGCAGGAGGCUGGAGCUGAGCCUGCAGACCCCAGUUUCUAUUUUGCACACGGGCAGGAGGACCUUUUGCAUUCUCUUCAGACACAAUUUGUAGAGACCCCGGCGGGCCCGGGCCUGCCGCCCCUUAACCCCGCCACAUCAAGCCCGGCCCUCAGGAGAGGAGGACCCUGCAGCUAACCCACCCACCAAAGACCCCACCCACCCCCUCGGGCUGGACCCUCCAAUGCCAGCGACUCCCAGGAGCCCUUGGGGGGCCUGAGGGGAGCCCCUCACAUCCACAGUUUUUCCUCCUGCCCCAGCCUCCUGUCUGUCCCAGGGUCUCUGUUGCCACCAUCAGAUUAUAAGCUCCUGAUGCUGGGGGGACCCAGCCAUCCCCCUCCCCCCAGCGCCCACACUUUUCAGUCCCCCCACCUCUGCCCCUGUUUUGUACAACUCUCCUGUGAUCCUCCUCCUACCCCACAGUAUUUAAUGCCCUGU